AUGUCUGAUGACUCUGCCGCUGAAAGAACUGCUUUACAUGAAGUAUUUCCAAAAGCAACACUUCUUCUUUGUAUUUUUCAUGUACUUCAAGCCACCUGGAGAUAUUUAUGGGAUUCCAAUCAUGGUAUUCCUUUAAAAUUCCGUUCAAUUCUUUAUUCUGGAAUAAAGAAAAUGGUAUAUGCAGAAAAUAAUGAUGAAUUAAAUAUUAGUUUUAAUAAAAUAUUGCAACACCCUUUAACAAACGAAUUCCCGCGAUUUAGAACAUAUGUUGAAAGAUUAUUUGAGAGGAAAAGUGAAUGGGCAAUUUGUUUAAGAGUUAAUUUAAUAACAAGGGGGCAAAAUACUAACAACAUUAGUGAAGCUGGCGUAAAAAUCAUGAAAGAUGUUGUACUAGAUCGAACAAAAGCAUACUCUCCAGUUCAAUUGUUCUUUUUUAUUGUUCAAGACUUGGACACAUUUUAUAAAAUGAAAAUUCUUGAUGUAGCAGCAAACCGCCCACCUCAAUAUCUAAAAAAAAGAUUUUUAAUUACAAAAAUACAACAAAAAUCAUUAAAAUAUGAAGCUAUACAAUCAAGUGACUCACUUUACUUAGUCCAUAAUACACUGAAAAAUACCACAUACAAUAUUGAUCUAGAUACUGGCUUAUGUUCAUGCCCACAAGGAAAUACUGGUAAACCCUGUAAACAUCAAAUAUUUGUAGCGAAAGAUUUAAAAAGAGAACUUGGCCUUUGCUUACCUGUAACAGAAGAAAUUAGGAACAAACUCCAUGUAAUAGCAACAGGAUGUUCAGAGAUUCAAGAUGGAUAG